AUGGUGUUCCGCAACGUGGGUCGGCCGCCGGAGGAGGAGGACGCGGAGGCCGCCCCGGAGCCGGGACCCUCGGAACUCCUGUGUCCCCGGCACCGGUGUGCCCUGGACCCCAAGGCCCUGCCGCCGGGGUUGGCGCUUGAGCGGACCUGGGGCCCGGCGGCUGGACUAGAGGCGCAGUUGGCGGCUCUGGGACUCGGGCAGCCGGCAGGGCCAGGGGUCAAGACGGUCGGUGGGGGUUGCUGCCCGUGCCCGUGUCCCCCGCAGCAGCCCCCUCCACAGCCCCAGCCGCCUGCUGCCGCCCCGCAGGCCGGGGAGGACCCCACGGAAACGAGCGACGCGCUGCUGGUCCUGGAGGGAUUGGAAUCGGAGGCCGAGAGCCUGGAAACUAACAGCUGCUCGGAAGAGGAGCUCAGCAGCCCGGGCCGUGGAGGAGGAGGGUGCAGCCGGCUUCUGCUGCAGCCCCCAGGCCCUGAAUUACCCCCAGUGCCCUUCCCGCUGCAAGACUUGGUCCCUCCAGGGCGCCUGAGUAGAGGGGAGCAACAGCACCAACCUCCCCCGCCUCCGCCUCCUCCUGUGCCCCUCCGGCCACUCGCGGGCCCCUCUCGGAAGGGCUCCUUCAAAAUCCGCCUCAGUCGCCUCUUUCGCACGAAGAGCUGCAACGGUGGCCCCGGCGGUGGGGAUGGGACCGGCAAGAGGCCUUCUGGAGAGCUGGCUGCUUCAGCUGCGAGCCUGACAGACGUGGGAGGCUCUGCGGGCCGUGAGCUGGACGCGGGGAGGAAACCCAGGUUGACAAGAACUCAAAGUGCCUUUUCUCCAGUCUCCUUCAGCCCCCUGUUCACAGGUGAAACAGUGUCGCUUGUGGACGUGGACAUUUCUCAGCGGGGCCUGACCUCUCCACACCCUCCAACUCCCCCUCCUCCUCCGAGAAGAAGCCUCAGCCUCCUAGGUAUAGUUUAUUCCCUUCUCUGCCUUCUUGCCCUAGCAGGAGGCACCCCUGUCAUCUCACUAAGUGGAACCUUCAGCCUUUGGUGUCACCCCAAGUUUGAGGAUCGCUGUCAGUCUGUGGUGGAGUUCAUUAAGAGAGCCAUCAUGCACUCCAAGAAUGGGAAGUUUCUCUAUUUCUUGAGAUCCAGGGUUCCAGGACUGCCGCCAACUCCAGUCCAGCUGCUCUAUCCAGUGUCCCGAUUCAGCAAUGUCAAAUCCCUCCAGCACCUUUGCAGAUUCCGGAUCCGACAGCUUGUCCGGAUAGAUCACAUCCCGGAUCUCCCACUGCCUAAACCUCUGAUCUCUUAUAUCCGGAAGUUCUACUACUAUGAUCCUCAGGAAGAGGUAUAUCUGUCUCUAAAGGAAGCACAGCUCAUUUCCAAACAGAAGCAAGAGGUGGAACCCUCCACGUAGCGAGGGGCUCGCUGGUGGCCACCAAGGGCAUUUGGUUGCCAAGCUCCAGUUUUGAAGAACCAAAUGAAGCUACCAUGAAAAGAAGAGUGAGAAAAAACAAGAAUAAAGAGGAAGGGCUGGGAUUCUCUGCGCAGACUUUGGUAUCCCUAUGCAGCCCUAGGGCUUAGAAGAAGCCCACAGCCAUACUCCUGGGUGGGGGUUCCACUGUCCACGUCCACCCCUGUGGUAUCCUGGAACUGGAUAAGCUCCUUGAAAAACUGGAAAAAGUCUCAACACUGUUUCUUUUUCAGACGUUUUGUUUUUGGUAUUGCAUUUCUUGAGAACUCAACCUCGAAGGCAGCUGGGGUUUGUGCCUGUUGGAUUGGAAGUGGUGCAAAGGGUGAGCAGGUCCAAAGGAGUGGGAGGAGAGGAGACAGUGGCUCAGCUGGUGCCAAAGGCAGAGUUAGUCUUCACCAUGGACUUCGAAGAAGGGAGGAGGAGCCAGAGAAGCACAAAGCAGGAUCGGAAGUGCCCAAGGGAAGGAGAGUCUGCUUCCCAUUGCCGUGGGUUAGUCUCAGUAGGAGCAGGAGGGAAAGGAGGGUGGGUGGUCUCAAAGAGAAGAUUACUGGAUAAAAACUGGCAAAUGGCUUUUGCUGGGGGAAGUAGUGACUCCUCGAAUCCUUUCCUUUUAAGGUUUAGAAACCUGACUUCAGAAUCACCUCUCAUGGAAGCUGUAUUAGUUUUGUUUUACUAAAUUCCUUAAGCUCUCUGACCUGAAGUUAGCCCCGUUCUUCUACCACCCUCAACUGGGUCCCCCUUGAGAUAACUGUACAUUUCACUCUGGUCAUGGUAACAUUAUUCCUGUUGCUUCCGCCAGCUGUCAAGGCAGUAGUAUUUCUCAUCACCUGAGCGGUUCAGAGCUCUAGUCACAGGCUACUGAGGUUAAUGGAGCAUGCUUCCAGAUUCUUAAUGGCAAACCGUACCCAUGACUUAGGAGUUAGUGUUACCUCCGUAUGUCUGUCAGCUAGUGAGAGGAAGUGUGGAGGAAGGUGAGAAAUGAAACCAUUGAUUGUAGUUGCGCUCUUCCCAGAGAAAGCUCCCUAGUAGCUCAGCCCUAAUGGGAUUUCCUUACAUCAGAGGAGGAUAGCACCACAGCUCAUGUUUUCAGGUUUAUCACUGGGUCAGGAGGUAGCAAGGGCCUUUUUGUUUUCCAGUGUUAUUCUAGCAACCCACACAUUUCCUGAGUCAGAUCCUGUUUGCCCUCCAUUCAUUGGGAAGUCUGUCAGAUGCUGAUUUGAGAGCUGCCUGUCUUCCAGGUGGAUGUUGAAAAGGGGAGAGAAAAAUUCCAGUGCUUUCAACUGUCUUUAUUUCUGCAGCUGGCCAUUGCCAAGUCUUAUGAUGUUAUGAGUUUGCUUUCCUGUAGAGUUUCUUUGGGAAGAUGUUUGCUACUGAGAUGUGACCGUUGAGCUGUUGGGUCUUUAUUACUCUUCUAUAGUAAGUGUUCCAUGAGACUGUUUUUUGGUGUCCUGUCUGCCUCAUCUCACAAGAUAAAUAAUAUUGUCAGGUUUGUGGUUUCCUGAUGGUAUGGGGUGAGGUCCCAGUGUCUUGGUUGUUUAUAGUGUUGCCUCAUUGGAAGUAUUGGUCUUCUGCCUGAUGCCCUGCAUGGAAUGAAGAGUCUUCUUGCUUGUAGCUGAACAGGGAGGAAACGUGCAUCAUUACCUAGCUGUAAAGAGGUAGCUCACACAAUGAGCUUUGCAGCUUAUGCGCAGCCCACCUCUGACUUGUCAUGUGGUGCCUCUUCUCUCUUUGGCUUCCAUGGCAGUAUUACCAACUAGGUAGGAUUAUGAUCCCAGAAAUUGGUUUAACCUGUGAGUCUUACCUCUUGAGGGUGCAAGUAACUCGCCAUCUUCUGGAAAAGUGCUGCCCCACUGUAGAGCCUGAAGUCUGGAAUCCAUUGAUAUCCUCCAGUGUCUGAUGUGCAGCUACUUGGGAUCUCUUCUUUUUUCCAUUUCAGCCACCCCUAAUUUUUGAGUUAUUUUUUAAUGUAUGUUUCCCUGGCUCUGGAUACUGUGGAAAAUAUGAGAGGUAGAAGAAAUCUCUGGUCUCAGGGAGCUUUUAGGUGACUGCCACACAUGAAGCAAUUGGAAAAUGACUCACUGUGGCAGAGAGUCAAGGACUGUCUUUAAAGAUGUUUAGAGUGGGUAAGAUCAGGGUACACCAGCUGGUCUGGGAAAGCUCUGUGGCGAUGAGGCUUUGGGUUGUAGGCAGGACAGUGAGAUGAGAAAACACGUGAACAGAAGUGAGGAAGCAGAAAUCUGCAUGGUGUGUACUCAACAGUGCACAGCCCCGUUCAAAUAAAGGAUUCUUUUUUAAAGA